AUGCCAGAGGAACAAGGAGGAACUGAAAAGCCAGCAGUCACUGUCGAUAACUUCGACCUCCACCCCCCACAGGAGCGCGAUAAGGCAUCACAGGUGAAUGGCGGUCAACCAGGUUCUCACCUGUCAGUCCCUGUCACUGGGCGAAGAGAUCAGAAGUCUCAGCCCAAUGGGAGCAGCACCGGAUUUUGUACUGGAGGAGCGCCCUCGGUCAAAACAGGGGCCCUCGCCGACCAUCGGCCAGGAGUCGCGAUAAUCAUAUUGAUAACUAUGCAUAUUGUCGCCAUCGAGACGCCCGGACAGCCUGGAGAUAAGGCCAGAAAAGCACAGACACGUCACGUCGUGGAUGCUGAACCUGGUACCUUGAGCCUGCAAUCAUCCUCGAAGAGGCAAUCAGAUUGCAGCAUGACAGCUGUUAUCAACCCAGCUAAUGCUGGCUAUCAGGGCCGUUGA